AUGAUCGGACGAACGCAUGUCUUACGACUGGAACUUAAGGGUGUUCUGCACAAUCCAAUGUACAAAAGCACAACCCCGCCGAAUGCACGAGCCACCAGGGGCACGACUUUAAAUUUUGCGGAUAAGGUGUUAUCGAGCGUAUUGGUUGAAAGACUGAUGCCCGUCGACAGUGAACUAUGUGGCCUUGGAUCUGGUAAAUCCACCAUAGGCCAAGUAUUCACCAUACGCCAUAAUUUGAAAAAGACCCGAAAGAAGGAAUUGACAUAUGGAUACCAUAUUUUCAAACUUCAAAGCCAAGUUGGAACGAGUGCAGAGGGCGGCUGCCAUUCUGGUUACGGGCGCACCAGCCACUACACCCGUCAAAUCUCUGGAAAUAAUGUUAAAUCGGGCCGGCUGCUGUGCGGCAAGGAUCCACGGAUAGACUUCAGAUUCGGACACGAAAAAGCACUUGAAGCUCUACCGGAUGAUCUACGACCGUUAGAUUAUACCACUCCCCUACUCUGUUUAGACAACAAAUUCUCCAUAAGAACCCCAGAGAGGAACGAAUGGAAAGGGGCCACUGACUUAAAUUCAGGUUUGAUCGUUAUAUGUACAGAUAGUCACAAGCUUAUAAAAAGAGUGGGCAGCGGGAUUUACUAUGGCGAACUCACGCUAAACCUCAGUUUUCGCUUACUGGACCAUUGUAGCGUUGUUCAAACAGAGCUAAGCGCUACAAUGGAGGCCGCUCGGUGGCUCAUUGCCUCCACCCCUCCAGGACGGCCAAUCGCUAUUUAUUCCGAUGGUCAGGUUACUAUCAAAUCUCUUAAAUCUAAUGGAAUAACAUCCAAGACAUGGUACGAAUUGGAGCGUUACCUGCGCGAUGAACCCAAAUUGCAGUCCUACAAGAAAAUCCACUCCGAGAUCGACACCGCUUGGGAUCUGCUAUCGGCACCAGCGCGCAUUUUGGAAGAGCUAAAAAUCAAAGAGCAAAAUCUCGAUUCAGUUUCGACCACAUCGUCAGUAUCGUCGACAUGUUCGGGCAUGUCGUGGGACAGCAGCGGCUCUCAAGCUCUUAGCUGUUCAGUUGUGGUCAAAAAGGAACGCAUCGACGAGGAGGAUGACGAGCUGCAUUCAGACAGUUGCGAGGAGAAAUUCACAGCAUCGGCGUUGGCUACAUCGCUGGGCAAUGCUGCUGCCACUUCACUCGCCUAUUCACCAUGUGGAUCUGCCUCGAGCACGCCCACGCCGGUUGCGGGACCUAUCAAUGCUGCCACCAAUAUGGGAACCACGCUUUCGACGGUAUCGGAGAAGGGUAUCAAGGUGCGUGUGAUCGCCACAAAGGCGCAUAAUAAAGGCGCUGGUAGUCGUGCUAAUGGCAUUAAUGUUAGCGUCAGUAGUGGCCAUAACAACAACAACAACAAUAACAAUCAAAGUAACAGCAGCAGCAGUACAAGUCCGCACGAUUACAUGUUGCCGACGUUAACGCCGCCAUCAUCACCCGAGUCGAUACGUACCAGCAACUCAAACAACGCGCAGCAGCAACAACAACAGCAACAGCAACAGAUCGAUGCUAGCACUUUGAGUGCUACUGAAUUGGCAGCACUUAUUCAGCAACAACAACAGCAGCAGCAGCAGCAACAACAGCAGCAGCAACAACGUCUCGGUCAAACGCAAUAUUCUGCUGGAACGCCUACUUCUACCGCCAUACUACGCUUCUCCAGUGCUGUAACGACACUGGUCAAUAGCAGCAAGAAUCCUACACUGACGUCGACUACAGUUCCUCUGCUACAACAGCAACAGCGACAGCAGCACCUGCAACAACAUCAACAACAACAAAAGUCACAUUUGAGUAUACAAACUGCCAGCGCUGGCACCAAUACCGAACCGCAUCCGCAACAACCAAUCACACAGUCACAGCCAUCAGUAUCGUCUUCAUCGUCAUCGUCGUCAUCCCCGUCUACGGUACAUAGCAACAUUCCGCGCAGCACCAUUGUUCGUCUUACAUCGGCGAAUGGUACGAAAAGUGGCGGUAUUAGUUUGGCGCGCGUCAUACAAAUGCAGAAUAGCGGUAGUGGGAGUGUAGCAGCAGCAAUGUUGAAUGAGACGUCUACGUCUAAGCAACAACAGCAACAAAUACAACAACAUGUGAUGAAUAUGGCGGUGACAGCAGCGCAGAUCGCACAGCGUGGCACCCAGCUGCAGAAUCCACAAGUGACCGCAUUGACUACUAAAAACCACCAGCGACUACAUGAUCACAGUCCAGAUGCCAAGCGCCGGAUACACAAGUGCCAAUUUUUGGGUUGCAAAAAAGUUUAUACCAAAAGCUCACAUCUAAAAGCGCAUCAGAGAACGCAUACCGGCGAAAAACCGUACAAAUGCUCCUGGGAAGGAUGUGAAUGGCGUUUUGCACGCAGCGACGAGUUGACGCGCCAUUAUCGCAAACAUACGGGUGCUAAACCAUUUAAAUGCCGUAACUGCGAUCGUUGUUUUUCGCGUUCUGAUCACUUGGCGUUGCAUAUGAAGCGUCACAUGUAAAUAACAUUUCAAAAAAAGGCCAUGGAAGGAUAUCGAAAGUAAAUGAGUGAAAGGUGCAUAAACAGGAUACGUAGCAUUCAGAAAGCUAAAGUGCAAAUGUAUUGAGACUUGCUGAGAAGCAGUACACAGCAGAUUUACUAUAGAAAAUGAGGAAAAACAAAGCAGAGAAUUAAACAAAAAAACUACAAAAAACAAAAACAUACACACUAAAGUUAGUUUGAAUAGAAAAAAAAAUAGAUUAUAAGAAAAUGAAACUAAAAUAAGAAAAAAAACCUUGACAAAUGAAAAAUGUAAUGAUAUUGUGCCAUCAACAUGCAAAAAAUGCUAAAAAAUAAGAAAAGUUUAACUUAGAAAAUAAUAAGAAAUAUAAUUUAAAAACGCACACAAAAACCUAACAAAAUUGCAUUUGAGUAAACUUUACGCGCAGCACACACAAAUAAAUUUAAUUACAAACAUAUGUACAUGCAUAAGAUGUGUAUGUAAAUUAUGUAAGGAAAUUAUUUUACUAAUUUUUCGAUUUCAUUUCACACAACUAAGUUUAGGCUAAUUUUCAAACAAGUUGAGUAGUUUCCAUUUUGCUGGCGUGCAAAUAAAAAUAUGAAUAAAAAAAAUUUUUUAUUAAAAUUAAGUAGUUGUUAAUUUCAUGUUGGCAACACAACAUACUCCUUUACGUGUUCAACGCAUUAGUUCUUACAACGCCUCCAAUGCUGCUUUAAUACACGCAUAAAAAAUAUCUUCAACAUAAAAAGAAAAAAAAA